GCAUUUUAAUUUAUUUCCAUUCGAUGCAAUCAAUGGUAUACGUGUUGGUUUAUGUGUAUUUUAUGCAAAAAUAAAAUAAAUCGUUUGUUUAAAGUUUAGAAGCCCGUCAACAAAUUUGUGUAGAUUGAGUUUAAACGAGUAUGGUGCAAGGCGUUUAAUUCCAGUGACUUUGUAUGAAUUCAGUGCUAAGAAAUUGAAUCUCGCCGCACAAAACUUGCUCAAUUAUAUUUGUUGGCAACCGUUUCAAGUCGGAAGCAGCUUAAUAAAAGUGGGCGUUUUUAACCAAAAAGUGCUUGUUGAUUUGCCGUAUAGUUGCAUAUCUGCACUUCAACCCGUUUUCAAGGUAAUCUGCAAAAAAGCGGAGAGCCCUACACAAUUUCAAGCAACGUGUAGACGAAAGUAUAGCGAGCAGUAAACAGCAGUCAUAAAAUAUCGAAAACGCAAUAUAUUGGCUUUACACUUAAUAAUACGAACAGCUGCGACGUCAUAAAAAUAUACGAUCGAAAAAAAAAGCGAAUAAACAAAUUAUUUGUGAAAUCAACCAUUUAGCGAUUAAGCAAAAAUUUUUGAUUGAAUCAUUUUGCUGUUUUUUUUUUGUGGUUGAAGCGAGUGCUCAACUGCAACGAGAGCAUUUCAUUUAUAACAAAUUCGCUGCGCCAAGAAACCGGCAAAUCACUUAAUUCUCUAUUCGAACGCAUGCAAUCAGAAUACCGGCGCAAGUUCUGUGUUGCAUUUUUUGCCGUGCAACACACCCAUCAAAUUGGCCAAUCAGCAUUACUUACUUGCGGGAUGUGGUAUAACGGACUGCAAGCAAUAUAAACAAAGAGAGAAAAAGAGAGAGAGAGCAGGCCUGAGAGCAAUAGAAGUCAAUAGAAAACUCAUAUUUCCCGAGAAAAGUGGCAGUGGAUGUUGCCAGAGAAUUCACCGCAUUUUUUGUGCUAAAAAUUGCUCAAUGAGCAAUUGAACAUUAUCUAGAGACAAAUCUCAUCGAUGCUAAUAUAAAGUACAAUUAAAAAAGUUUGCAAAAAGAACUUCACAAGUGCCAUAAUCGCACACUUACACACUAUCAUCAAUUGAGACAAACUCUAAUUGUCUUGAAGCAAUUCUCUACAGUCGCCGCAUUGUGUGUGUAAAACCCAAAAUUUAAACAUUUAAUAUGUGUGUAAAAAACUAUUGUAAAGUAGCGUAAAUACACGCCACUAACACAGGAGACACCCAGACACACACCCCAAACCGUAUACAACAAACCCCCCAUGCUAAGAUAUCGGCUGGUGUCGACACAUUUCCUCAAACAGCCGUAGAUUGUGUACCGCCGCCAAGCCAAUCAAGCAGAGACGAGUCCAGCCGAGUCGCGUCAGCGAACGUGAAACGAGUGUAACACAAAAAUAACACCACCUACAAAUACAUAACAACAAGCAUACCUACAAAUAAAACAUAAAAAAACAACCCUUACAUACCCACACUGACAUAAGCUUCGUAGGCUAGUACGUCUAGUGCCACAAGUGCGUGUGCGUGACUAGCGCAGUGAGAGAGUAAGUAGGCGUGAGCGAGCAGGCGAAAGUAGCAAGGAAGGCCAAAUUUUGUGUGAGAGCGCAACAUAAACAGGCGUGUGCUCGCGCAGAGUAGAACAAAGAGAGAGAGAAAGCGAGGAAGAGUUGGAGCGGUAGGUCAAUUAGUAGGCAUAACGCCUGAGAGCCUAAAAGUUGACUACAUAGUAAAGAAGAAAAAAAAAACACAAAACACAUUAUUGUGGCCGGCGUAUAUUUGCAAAUUUUUCCGUGGAAAUUCGCCAGCGGCGUUUGCGAUCGCAGGUAGAUAGAGGAGGAUUUCUAUUGCAUUUGCCGAACUGCAUAUCCGGAUAAUCCGACUACCAGUCAGCUUUAUUUCUUGCUUACGACAUCGCUUACUAGAGCGAAAGCAGCAACGUCGGCGACAGCACCGCCGUUUCGGGUACAAAAGAGUCGUUUAAUCAAUAAAACGCUGCGCCGUUAGCCACAAGCUAGACAUUUUGACUUGCAGCAUUUAGCCGGCAACAACCAUAAAACAUUUGGAAGCGGAUAGUGGAUUCCUCAGCUGAAAACGCCCAAAACUCUAGUAGGAGACUUUGUCUGCUAAUUGAUUUGAUAGUCGGUUGAAAAAAAAGCUUUCUUUGGACCAUAUCAGCUGUAGUCCUUGGAAAUCACUAGUAAAGGCGAUUUUUGAGUCAAUCGUCAGCCACAGCAGCAGUAGCCACCCUCGUAUUUGGUGCUUAAAUCCUUUCAGAGGUUACACACGGGGUCGUGGUGACUUCUUCUCGACUGGCUCUGUAACUUUUGUCACAACGUAUUCGCUAAAAGUUUUCCGUUUAUUCGGUACGUACGACAACAAUUUCAACAGCGAAAAUGUGCAGAGAUCGCGAUAUGAUUUUGCCAUAGAUCAACGGAAUCGCCAAUAUAAAGUAAAGAAAAAAAUCAAGCUGAAGUAAACUGUGCGCUGAAAGGGUGGGAGUGAGUGAACUGAUAGAUACAGAAAAACAGAGAGAGAUAGAGGGAAAGACGCUAAAGCGAUUAGCAAAAAAACAAGCAAAGUGUGACAAAGUCAAAAAGGAAACCCUCGAAAUAAAAAUUUUCCAUUUGUUAACUGCGGUCCCAGUAGAUGUGCUUUAGAUUAUUUAACGAGUGCGUGCGAUAACGAUAAACGCCAAGCGUCAGUCAAUAAUCAUCAUAUUGAGUUUCUUUGGGAAAAAAACAAAUUAUAUUAAGUGCUUAAAAAUCCGCUUGGAGAAGCGAUACGCUUUUUAAUAACUAAAUAGUUAACAGCAUCAAGUUAAAGUCUUGUUUUUAUCGUUUGCUACAAUCAUCGACAUCGAUAAUAUCCACUCAUCUUACAUCUGUGUAUAUGUAUAUGUAUUUUUGAAAGCUAACGGUUCAUUGAAUUAUAUCGUGCACUUUUCCGUAAAAGAUUUAGCAAUGUGACUGCUGAGCUUCGAUUUUUUGUUCAACUACGCACUACAAUCGGUUUAUCGUUCGAUCGGAAUCGGUCGCGUGUUGUGAAUUUUGCCAGUAUCAUCUACAAACAGCGUGUGCGUGAGCUAGUGAAGAACUGUUUAAGCGUAUUAAAGUUUGCGUGUAGAACUUGUGAAGAGUGAGAGAAGAAAUUGACAAAAGAAAUCGAUAAUAUUAAAAAGCAAUAAAAAUCGAAAGCAUUUUGUGUUAUAUAGUUUGGGUAUUUUGAGUUGUGGAAGAGUUAAAAAAAAAACGAAUAAAUAAUUUAUCUCACUCAACAUUUUCGUUUGCUGGUGCCAAACGAAGAAACUGUAACAGGGCAAGGAUUUAAGGAAAAAGCGGCAAGAUUGAAGACUUUGCGAGGAACUUUUGGAAGUCUAUUAAGGCUUGCGUUUGCGGCAUGCGCCAUCCUACCACAGGACUAAGCGAAGACGACCUCAGUCGUCUCACUGGUUCAUCCUCAUCGACAGCAUCUUGUGACAGCAAUUCAUCAUCCUCCUCCUCUUCGUCAUCAUCGUCUUCUUCUUCGUCGGCGGCUAAUACGCCCGCACACAAGGAGGGCGUUGACGAGUGCGCUCAUCACACACUCGCCACGCUAACAAACUCCGAUAAAACGACCAAUAAUACAUUAGCCCUGGUCGCCAAUACACUUAAGCAGAAUAACAAUAACAUCAUCAACAUUAGCAACAAUAACAACAAUACUAAUAAUAAUAACAACAACGGCACACAAACUAAUUCAUCAUCACGCUUCAGUUCUACAUAUCUACCCGAAUUAAUCAAUCCGCUGGAAUGGCAAAAAUCACGUAAACGCAAAGAGCGCCUUGACAGCACAUCAUCGGUGACACAAGAUCGCAAGUUGCAACGCUCUAAUAGCGAAGAGCUACUUACACAAGAACAACAGGCGCCAGCUAUAGGGAGCGCAGAUGCGCUCAAUUCUGGCGGUAAUGCGCUGAAAACGAUUAAGAGCGCAGAUGUGAUUCGACGCGUCUCGUCGGAGGAUUUCAAGAAGACUGCUUCGUAUGCUGUCUACGAACAGGAAUUGCGUGAAGCAGCUGAAUGCCGCACUGCAGAUUUGAAGCAGCGUCAAUUGCAACAGCAACAGCAACAACGUGCCGCCGAUGAGAAUGACGGCGCGUUAGCCAAUCGACAGCGUCAUCAACAGCUGCAAAAUCAGCAAGCACAACAACAUCAGCAAACUGAGGAGUCAACGACCGCGCCCGUCUAUCGUGACUCUUGGAUCACCGGCCCCACCAAAGACAUGACGCGCCGUUCACGGUACGAAACUAGCCCGGCGCGUUCUCAACGUUUUUCGCCCAUACGUACCAAUGGUGGUGCUAACGGUAAUAGCAAGCAUCGUGACAGCGACGAUAGUGAAUGCGAACAUGAGCGUCGUCGCAGCAGUGAGCGUUCGUGCAAAUCACGUCCGCCACCAGGUCGCAAAGUGGGUGUUGUAAAGAAGAGUAGCGCCGGUGGUAGCGGCAGCACUGCGGCAAGUAGUGCCGCCAAGUAUUUGGCCUCUUCGAAGCGCUGCGAUGAGAAUUCCGCUUAUAAAUAUGAUCUGUCAACGCUGAAGUAUGAGCGACGCGGUUUUAUCAGCAAAAAGGGUACUGCCGCCAAUGGCAGCAGCGGUAGCGGCAGCAGCAGCGAGAAAACGACUAACGAUCACAAUGACAAUAAUCUAAUUGACUUCCAUCAACAGCCACAAAAACAAACUUCAAGAGCACCACAGUCUCAAGCUCAGACCUCCGUGGCGGCAUCGGCGCAAUUGCAACUGAAAAGUGUCAAUGGCGUUGCAACUGCUCCACCCAAAGAGGACAAGUCUAACACAGCAGCAGCGCCACAAACCGUAAAGCGUUCGAGUGCUAUUAGCAGCGCCUAUAACUCUGUGCCGCUGACUGCCGCACAGGAGGCAUUGCCUUGGGGCCGCAGCGUGCCCGAAGAUGCCACACCGAUGUUAAGUCGCCGUUAUGCGCCCGUGCGUCAUCACCCCGUCGAUAAUCUCGACACCGCUGCCAAACUCUCGAAAGUCAUGCCGUACCCUCAGCAUUUUCACAAACAAUCCGCAGUGCAGCGUUUCGAUGACGACAUGGAUUGCAUGGAUUCGCUCAGCACUUUCCGUGCCUUCACCUCACGCGAUGUAAUGGAACAGGUUAUACCGGCAAUGAUGUCUUUCCAAUCGCCGGAAGAGCGUCUCAAGCAGGUCAACAAACGUUUGACAGCUUUGAAGAAGAAGCUCGUGCAGCUGGAAGAGGCUUAUGAAAUGCGUGUUGGCUAUCGUCCCUCGCAGGCGGAACGCAUGAACGACAAAUAUAUGAAAAAUAUAUUAGUAGAGUUAAACAAGUUGCGCAAAGAGCGACAAGAAUUGAAGGCAGAUCCGAUGGGCGCAUUGGGCAUGAAAGUAAGCGGCGGCAUGGAUGCAACAAUGAAGUUGAAGAAAAUUAAGGAGACUUUGCAGGAAAUUGAACAGAAUCUCGCUGACAAGCGCGAAGAUACCAAUCGCUCCGAAUCACUGGACGAACUCAACGCCGAUCAGCUGGUGCAAGAGAAAAGCGCCGUACAGCAUGGCCUACUCUACUUUGAAUCGCUCUAUGGUCGCCCCGCCACCAAGGAUGAACGCGAUGCAGCACGUCCACUCUAUGAUCGUUACCGCCAACUUAAACGCAUGGUUUUGCGCAGUGUCAUGCAAUCAGGCAGCGCUGCCGCCGGCGCACCCGAAUUACCAACCAUAUUGGAAAAUGAAGCAAUGGUCUUCGAAUUCACGCCACAUCAGCUUUCAUCGGCCAAUAGCACUGAAUCGAAUUCGCCUAGCGAUUCGACGGCAGCGCCAAAUGCAUCAUCCGAUGACUCGACCACCACCACAACUGGUGUCGCAGCUGAUGCAUCAGCGACCAAUACAACCACAGCUACAACUACAACAGCAGCAACGACUCAGACAUCAACUAGCGCUAGUGAAAAUAUUAGCGCACUAAAUAUCGAACAGUUGUGGGAACAAUUGGAGAAGACACGCGAAGAGAAAAAGCUACUCAAGCGUACCAUACGCGAGUACGAGACUAUUUUUGAGGAACAAAAUGGCCGCAAGAUGCUGAAAAAUGACCGCAAAACCAUCGAAGAGACUUAUGCGCAGUACAAAGAGAAGAAGGCGAAGACCCGUUUAUUGCAGGAGCUCAUCAAGAAGCAGAAACGUUCGUUCGCCUAAGCUGUGGCAGGAGUGACAAAAAGCGCUUUUGCGAAAGCUUCGCUGGAUAUAACUAUUUUAUAUACAAAUGGAAAGGAAGACGAGUGAAGGAAAGCUCAAUUUUUAUUUGUUUGUGGCGACGAUGACAAAUAGUUGUCGUCUUUUUUGUGGCAAAAUGUAUGCUCGAUAAAGCUGUACUCGUAGCAGGGCAACACACCAACUCAAAGCUUUUGCAGUUGUAGAAUGUAAAGCAUGAAAGCUUUUUUAUAGCGUACGGACGCAGAUAUAUAUACAUACAUAUGUAUGUAUACGUAUAUAUGUGACUAUUCGCUUUUAUUGGAAUGUGGAAUGCAGCGCAGCGUAGUGUUGGAGAAAGCGGAAAAUAUUAUAUGUAGCGGAACUAUUAUAUAUAUUUUUUUUUGCGUAAAAAAUAACAAUAAUAGAUUUCUAUAAUGUCAACAUUUUAUUAUUUGCUUUUUUUUGAAUCAUUUUUUGCAUUGACUUGAAUAAACUGAUAGUUUGUCAUGACAAAACAUACUUUAGUUUAAAUAAUUAAUUGUUAUAUUAUUUUUAUGCACUUAUCUAACUAAAAAAAUUAUAUUUAUUUUGCAUCUCAUUUAUUAAAUAUACAUAUACAUACAUACAUAUAUACUUAUAUACCAAAUGCGAUUAUAUAAUGCGGUUAACUGAUUUAACGCAUAGCCAUCAAACAGUUAUUUAGUUAUUUAAGCUCUUGAGAACUGUGUUAAUUUUUAUAAAAUUCACAAAAACUAUUAUAAAUUAAAUUUUAAGUGGAGCGCAAAUUGAAGCUAAACAAUGAAACAAAAUAUUGUAAAAUGCACGAAGGAGCUAAAGAGAAAGUAAAGUUUCAAGUAUUGAAAAUUAGAAAAUAUGCAUUGUUUUUAAAACAACCCAAAACGCUAUUUGAUGUACAACAAGAAUAUAAUAAAAGAAAUAAUCUGCAAAGAAAACAUUACCAUUUUUUUUAUUAAAAAUUAUACAAAUUUUUGUAAGAAGAAAUUAUGCAUGAUGUUCGAUUGAAAAAACCUAGUUGUACUGCUGAGAAUAAUUGAAAAAUUUUGACUUCGGAUGAGUAAUAAUUUUCUAGAAAACCACAUACUAAUAAAAAUGCAUAUACAUAUCGCUCAUUUACUUCACUAGGUCACAAUCCAAGAAAGCAGAACGUUGAGGAAAACGGCUGCAAACUUUUGAACUCACUUUGCCUACGUAAGUAGAAGUAAUAAAGAUAUAUUUUCAUCUAACGAAAUACUAGGCCUCUUCUUUUCGUCAAGCGUUAGCAAGUGGCGAACAGAUCAAGCACCUUGUAUAAAUGAACAUAUCUUGCCAAUGCUGGAAGAGGCUGCCUUAAAUUACAUGCGUUUGUAAAUUAGUGAAUUUUACCAGUUUAAUGGGGUAUAAUCAGACUCACUAUCGGCCAAGCUUACUUGGUUACUUUGUGGUUGCUUUCGCAUGAGAAUUUUUCGUCAAGUUAAACGAGCAGAGAGAUAGGCAGCAGAGAAGUGGCGAAUAGAAGAGUCCUUAAUAGAUAUCGCCAUGAAAUUUUGACACAGCAUAAAAGAAGAGCUUGUGUCUUUACAGCAACAUUCCCCGUAUAUGUAUGGGGAAUGUGUAUGCUUCUACAACAACAACAACAAGCAUGUGGUUUUUGGGCUUGUUCGAUGCACGUAAUAAAAGCGGCACUAACGCUGCACUGAUGACAAUUUGCACCUUUGUUGCAAUUGCUCAACUGAUAUUUUGCUGAGGUUCGGCGAAAAAAAUUUUUGAAGCCGAUUUAUUUGUCUUCGCGCGCAACAUUUGCUGAAUUUUUGACACUUCGAACGUGAUGCUUUUGAUAAUGUUGCCAGAAUUUUACAUUGAACGUGAUACUUUCACAAAUCAUGCAACACUGCGGUUGUGAUUGAAGCUCGAACAAGCCCUUUGUUUGAUUAUGACACUAUUGAAUUAAUGGGCGAUAUGUUUUAUAAGUGUGGGGUAUUUUACACUUUGUGACUCUAAAACCUACUAAGAUUUU